GCGAUAUUUAAUACGAUACGGCCGGCACUUAGCUUUGGCCACAGUCGACAACGAUAGUCGUUUGCGUAAAUUUAAUGAUUCGACACAAAUAUGCCCCUCGAACCAUGGCAGUUCGUCAUUCCUGAAAAGCCAGGGACAUUUUGGAGAAUUGGAUCCCGUUUCAUGAUCAUUGGAACGGGUAUUAUUAGUCGCAUUUAUCUCAAUUGGGCAAAUCAUUUCCAAGGACACAACCUAGACAUUCUGUACAAUGCAGUGGAGAAGAGACCACCAGAACGACCCCUUAUUACAGUUGGAAACCAUAUUUCUUGCUUUGAUCCGAUGCUGUGGGGAACACUAAAAAUGAAAGGAUUGGGUCAUCCACACAAAACAAGAUGGUGUCCGAUAGCCAGUGAUAUAACCUGCACAAAGAAAUGGCAUGUGUACUUUUUCAGUCUUGGACAAGGCAUCCCAGUAGUGAGAGGAGAUGGUGUGUACCAACAUCCCAUGGAUGUAUGCAUUGACAAGCUGCAUAAAGGUCAUUGGGUUCACUUCUUUCCUGAAGGCAAAGUGAAUAUGAACAAGGAGUUCAUGAGAUUAAAAUGGGGAGUAGGACGAGCCAUUGCUGAAAGCAGAGUGCUGCCCUUGGUCAUUCCAUUCUGGCAUUUAGGGAUGGACGAGGUGCUUGCCAACCAUCAGCCAUACAUCCCCAAAUUUGGGAAGAAGAUCACCAUGCUGAUCGGCAAGCCGUUGGAUUUCAGGGAAGCUCUGCAACAUCUCAGAGAAGAAGGCAAGUCGCCACUCGAAAUCAGAAAGAAGUUGACGGAUAUUAUCCAAGAAGAGUUUGUGGUUUUGAAAGCCAAGGCAGAGGCUCUACACAAGGCCAGGUUUACCUCCAGUACUUAAUGAAGGAUUUCACGUUGGUGUAACCCAGAUGGGAUAUCUAUCUGCCAAGGUUUCUUCAGGCUUGCAAACUGCCGUGCUUAUGGCACUUUU